AACCCAUCUCUGGACGUUCACAAUUCAUACGUCCUUGUCUCCUUCUUCUUCCACGGAGACAUCGAAGUCCACAGACAGAAUCACUCACUUUUCAUCUAUGAUUUCUCUCAAGACCAAGACUAUAUAUAUACACAUAUACAUUUUUUUUUCCUUAUUCUGUCUUCCCCUCUAAUAUUCCCCCUUCUCCCUUCACUGCUCUCCGUGAGGUUUCAUUUGAUCAGUGACUAACAUGGUUUCUUUGGAGAGGGAGAAGGUCAUGUCUGAGUUGUUGUUUGUGGUUCUGUUUGGGGGAGUCUUCUUGGCCGCCACUUGGGCUGAGGAAGGGCUCUUGAACCCGGAAAAGCUCGAGAUGUUUGUCGAUGAGCUUCAGGACAUGCCCAAAGUCCAAGGUUUCGAGGUCGUUGACGGGGUCCCCAGACCAAGGAGACUCGAGAUUGGCAUGUACCCCAUUCGCUGGAAAUUCCACAGAGACCUGCCUCCAACUCCAGUGUUUGCAUACGGCACAUCCAGGUCCACCGCAACCGUUCCGGGUCCCACGAUUGAGGCCCUCCACGGCAUCGACACGCAUGUUACGUGGCUGAAUUACCUCCCUCAAAAACACAUACUCCCAUGGGACCCGACGAUCCCAACCGCCAUACCCUCCGAUCGGAAGGGCAUUCCGACGGUGGUUCAUCUCCAUGGAGGUAUCGACGAGCCUGAAAGUGAUGGCCACGGAGAUGCAUGGUUCACCGCUGGGUUUAGAGAUAAAGGGCCCACAUGGACCAAGAGGACUUAUCACUAUCAUAAUCAUCAGCAUCCCGGUAACCUAUGGUACCAUGAUCAUGCCAUGGGGUUGACCCGGGUCAACCUUUUGGCCGGAUUGAUCGGGGCCUACAUCAUAAGCCAUCCGGAGAUCGAACACCCUCUAGGACUCCCUUCUUGUGAUGAGUUCGACCAUGCUUUGGUCGUGUUUGACCGCAGCUUCCGAGUUGAUGGAUCCAUAUACAUGAACUCAACUGGGAAUAACCCCUCAAUACAUCCACAGUGGCAGCCCGAAUACUUUGGGGAUGCAAUCAUAGUGAACGGGAAGGCAUGGCCAUACAUGAAAGUGCGUCGCCGGAAAUAUAGAUUUCGCAUAAUCAACGCCAGUAAUGCUCGAUUUUUCCAGUUCUUUUUCACCAAUGGUCUCGAGUUUGUCAUCGUGGGUUCUGACUCAGCAUACCUAGAGGAACCGGUGAAGACUAAGGAGAUGUUUCUUGCCCCGUCGGAGAUCGUCGAUAUGGUUAUCGACUUCUCUAGUUCAAGGGGUGACAGUGCUAUCUUAGCUAACAAUGCAUCGUAUCCCUACCCCUCUGGCGACCCGGUGAAUGAAGCCAAUGGCAACGUCAUGAAGUUCAUCAUUGACAGGGAGCCAGAACUCGACACGUCACGCAUACCCAAGAAGCUAAUGAGAUACCCAAGUCCAGACUCGUCCAGUGCAUCCCGAACACGACACAUUGCCAUGUUCGAGUACACAAGCCCCGUUGAUGAACCGACUCACCUGUACCUGAAUGGGAAGCCCUACAGUUAUCCGGCCACCGAGACGCCCAGGGCGGGGACCUCGGAGGUGUGGUAUGUGAUCAACCUGACGGACGACAACCACCCAUUGCACAUACACUUGGGGCUCUUCAAGGUUUUAGAUCAGACGGAGAUCAAGGACUUGGAUGAAUUCAAGGACUGUAUGGUGAAGAUCAACGAUGCGGAGAGGUGUCACUUGAGCAGGCACGCAAUUGGGAAGAAAGUCGAUGUUAGAACACACGAGAAUGGAUGGAAGAAUGUGUACAAGAUGAUGCCCGGGUACGUGACCAAGAUCCUAGUGAGGUUUGCAUACAUACACGUGAACUCAUCUUACAUAUUCGAUGCAACCGCAGAGCCCGGCUACGUUUACCAUUGCCAUAUCUUGGACCACGAAGAUAACGUGAUGAUGAGGCCUCUAAAAUUCAUCAACUGAGUUGGCGGGCCUUCCCGGCGAUUGAACAGGGAUAUUUUUUCAGAUGAUCAAUGAGGAGCUAAGCAUCCAAGAAUCGCAGAGUAUAUUCACCUCGCGAACAUGACAGAGAUGUCAGAGACAGGGGGAGAAAGUGAAUUUUGGAACAAAAAUGUUAGCACGUACAACAAUAUAUAUAUAUGUGUGUGUGUGUGUGUGUGUGUCGUCAGCCUACCAUAAGUACGAUGUAACUAAUCUUGCGUUGUAGUUGCACUUUGAAAAUUUCUAGCAUACCGAUAGACGUAUGUCUCGGUGCGGCAAAAAUUGUAAACUUAUCGUGUAACAUUUUUCUAUGUGAAAAGAUAAAGCCAACAACAAUUAUAAAUGAGUUUUCAUGUUCGAUUA